AGGCGUGGCGCGAAUGUGACAGGUGGGGCCAGCCAAAGAGGAUGGGGAAAUGCGGGACCAUCGGGAAGGUGAUCGUGAUUGCGAUCCCCGUCCUGGUCGGGAUCGCCGUCUACCUCCACGAGCAAGACCCGGCCUACCUGGCCGUGCUCUAUCAGAUCCCGGGCAUGAAGGAACUCGCCCGGUCCUCUCACCGGGUCCUGUCGCUCAGGUAUUGGAUGGGGGGUGGAGGGAUGUGGAAGGAAAUGCUGGAGGAGCAGGGAAUGGGGGUGUCGGACGAGGAUGGGGAUGCCCUCCUGCAAGACAUCGUCCUCACCCCCGAGGAGCUCGCCCUGCACGACGGACGGGACGAGAGGCCCAUCUACCUGGCUCUCCUCGGACGCAUCUACGACGUCUCUGCCGGUCGCAAGCACUAUGGUCCCGGCGGGUCUUAUGCCUUCUUCACCGGGCGUGAUGGAUCUCGAGCAUUCGUGACCGGGGACUUCACGGAUGCGGGUCUCACGGACGAGGUGUCCGGGCUGUCGGUCCAAGACUACCGGGGCCUCGACGAGUGGUCCGACUUUUACGACCGCGAGUACGAAUACAUAGGGAAGGUCGUGGGGAGAUUCUACGACGAGAAGGGGAAGAAGACCAAGUACGCAAAGCAGGUCGAGCGCUGGAUCGGGGAGGCGUUCUCGGCCAAGGAGGCCGAGGACGAGGAGAAGAAGGUGAUGCCCCCCUGUAACUCCGAGUGGAAGCAGGGGCAACGGCCCCGCGUCUGGUGCUCCGACAAGAGUGGAGGCAUCUCUCGAGACUGGGCAGGGGUCCCACGGAGGUUGUACAACCCGGGAGGGGAGACGCGGUGCGUGUGCGUCAAGAACUUCGGGCCGCCCACUCAUCGCUACGCGGGGGUGGAGCACUCGGAGGACCGGGGAGACCUGGACCACCCGCAGCUGCGGGAGUACGAGGACUGCGAUCCGGCUUCCGUGUCCUGUCUCCUUCCGGCUUCGUGAAGGCGAAGCAUCGGAUGCAUUGUGAUAACUCAGGGUUGUGUACAUGUUAUUGCCUCUAGUAUUAUAAGUGUAGUCUGGUUUAUACUGGAGAUUUGAUUAAGACAGCAUCAGAUAUUAAGCAGGUUUUUCGGUUUCUGUUCAUGAUUGUGCUAGAUUGUGUGAACUUGGAACGAGGAGUGAAAACAUCAGGAUUCGAUGAAUCCUCAAUUCUUUCGUCCUCAAUGUCAAUAUGCAUAUCCAUUUUCCAACCUGGAGAACCACAAAGUAACACGUGACAGUGUCUGGUUUCCGUCAAUUUGAACUAAGAUUCUCGGACCCCCCCUCCACUCAGAUAUUUUGACAAUCUUUGCAAUUUAUGGCUUUUCUUCCCUUUCCUUUCACAUCCUUGUUAGUUCACAUUUGGGACUAAAGGAGGCAAACUUUUUGCCAGACGUGCCGGUGAUGUCGCGAUUUCUCGUCGGGUCGCUCGCAGACGGUGGGAGAUAAUCUUUGGGGGAAAUUUGUUUAGUGUCUGUGGGGAUUCACAGGCAAAGUAUUGCAUUAUUCCUAUGGGGUUGUGAUAAAAAUUGUCAAAUUAAUGGCAUGUUUCCAUAUUUCUAAAAGAUGGAGUCAAUGCCAGCCAUAGAAUGUGAUGAAUUUGUUGCGCACGAAUCACAUCUGUUAUUCUCGGUGCCUCGAAUGACACGAGGGCAUCCUCGUGACUUUCGUGCUUGAAGUCGAUCGCUCCUCGUGAUGGACUCGAUUGCAUUCCACAUGGAGAUUGGCUCAGUCCUCUGCAUUCCUGUGUAUUUUUGCGAUGAUGGAAUACACUUUUCUGUUUGGAGAGUUUUUAA